AUGUGAUUGGCUCUGCAGUGGGAGGCGGGCCUGUCUAAAGUCAAACAUCUGGAAGUGCUUGCUGCUGCUGCUGCUCAUUCACUCAGAAAGCUUGAGAGGACCACCACUGACAAAGACAAGAUGUCCUUCAUAAAAGUAGAUGCAUCGUGCGAUUUCUCCUUCCACAACCUCCCUUAUGGAAUAUUCUCCACACCUGAUCAUCCCAAGCGUCGCAUUGGUGUUGCCAUUGGAGACCAGAUUCUGGACCUCAGUGUGAUUAUGUCUUUGUUUCGAGGACCUGUGCUUUCCAGACAUCAGGAUGUCUUCGAGCAGUCCACACUGAAUGCCUUCAUGGCUCUCGGUUAUGAGGCCUGGAAGGAGGCCAGGAGGACCUUGCAGGGGUUGCUGUCGGCCAAUGAGAGCACACUGAGAGAUGAUGUCAGCCUUCGGAGCAGAGCAUUUGUCCAUCAGAGUACAGCCUCCAUGCACCUUCCUGCAGACAUUGGCGAUUACACCGACUUCUACUCUUCCAGAGACCACGCCACCAACGUCGGCACCAUGUUCCGGGGGAAGGAGAAUGCUCUGAUGCCAAACUGGUUGAGGCUUCCAGUGGGAUACCAUGGUAGAGCGUCAUCAGUGGUUGUUUCUGGGACCGCCAUCCGCCGCCCCUCAGGCCAGAUGAGACCAGACCAGACAAAACCUCCCGUGUUUGGCCCGUCUAAGCAGAUGGACAUUGAGCUGGAGAUGGCCUUCUUCGUUGGAGGGGGGAAUCACCUCGGGGAGCCCAUUCCCAUCGAGAAAGCCCAUGAACACAUCUUUGGCAUGGUGCUCAUGAAUGACUGGAGUGCCAGGGACAUCCAGUCGUGGGAGUAUGUUCCUCUUGGUCCUUUCCUCGGGAAGAACUUUGGGACAACUAUCUCACCCUGGGUCAUCCCAAUGGAGGCGCUGUUACCCUUUGCAGAGCCCAACCCCAUCCAGGACCCAGAGCCCCUCCCCUACCUUCAGCACCCCGACGCUUACACUCUCAACAUUAACCUGUUUGUGUCACUUAAAGGUCAAGGCAUGUCAGAGGCAGCAACCAUCUGCAAGUCAAACUUCAAGCACAUGUACUGGACCAUGAAGCAGCAGCUCACCCAUCACACAGUCAACGGCUGCAACGUCAGACCCGGAGACCUGCUGGCUUCUGGAACCAUUAGUGGACCCGAUCCAGAGAGUUUUGGCUCCAUGUUGGAGCUGUCAUGGAGGGGGUCUAAGAACAUUGAUCUGGGAGAAGGAGAAACCAGAACCUUCCUGAGGGAUGGAGAUGAAGUCACCAUCACAGGUUACUGUCUAGGAGAUGGAUACAGAGUGGGCUUUGGACCCUGCAUGGGAACCAUUCUCCCUGCACAUUGAAACACACUUAUUGUUAUUAAAGUGAGCAUCUUUCUGUGGAGAAUAAAUACUGGAAGACACAAACUUACUGUAUCUCACCCUGCUUUGAAAUGUUGCUAUCCAUGAAUGAAGACAACUACUGGCAAAAACUCUGCUUACACACUCUUACUCUUAAAACGAUGCGUUUUCAGCUUUAAUUGAUAAUUAUUAGCUUUAGUCAGAUUCAGUUGAUGCAGUACAGGGACCUUGUUAUAGAAAUCCUCUGCAAUAUUCAUCCAACAGAGGGAUGCUCCCACAUCCCGUCACAGUGUUACUGCUAUACCAGGAUCAGUGUUAUUGAGGUUUUAUAUGUGUUGGCUUCAUAAUAAAAUCUUCCCUUUUUAA